AUGUGAAACAGAAAUGUGUGCUGGAUAAAAACUUACGAAUAAUAUUGUUUAAAAAUUAAAAUUACUUCAAUUAUUUAUAUUUUACAAUCGUACAAAAACGUGUAAUUGUUAAAUAAUAACCAUGGAGUACAUGAAUUCAGCAGAACAAAGUCUAACACCGAAUAGUACAAGGGUAUUAUGCUGCCAGUGCGCCGUCCCUAUAGAGGCUAAUCCCUCUAAUAUGUGCGUAGCGUGUUUACGUGCUCAUGUUGACAUCACUGAUGGGAUUCCAAAACAAUCAACAUUAUUCUUCUGUAGGGGUUGUGAAAGAUAUCUGCAACCUCCGGCAGAGUGGGUUGUGUGUGCCCUGGAGUCUCGAGAACUUCUGGCACUAUGUCUCAAGAGACUGAAGGGCCUGAACAGGGUCAAACUUGUUGAUGCGGGGUUCGCAUGGACUGAACCUCAUUCCAAAAGGAUAAAGGUGAAACUAACAGUGCAAGGGGAGGUCAUGGGUGGAGCCGUACUGCAGCAGACAUUCAUUGUGGAGUAUGUGGUCCAGCACCAGAUGUGUGAUGCGUGCCAUCGUUCCGAGGCACAGGACUACUGGCGUGCCCUCGUGCAAGUGAGGCAGCGUGCUAACAACAGGAAAACCUUUUAUUACUUGGAGCAGCUGAUUUUGAAGCACAAGGCACAUUCCAAUACUCUUGGAAUCAAACCAAAACAUGAUGGCUUGGACUUCUUCUACGCAAAUGAGAAUCAUGCUAGGAAAAUGGUAGACUUCAUUCAAUCGGUGCUGCCUAUAAAGUGUCAACAUUCCAAGAAGCUAAUAUCUCAUGAUAUCCACAGCAACAUUUACAACUACAAGUUUACAUUCAGUAUCGAAAUUGUGCCGUUGUCAAAGGAUAGUGUGGUCUGUCUACCCAAGAAGUUGACACAUCAACUUGGCUCCAUAUCUCCCAUAUGCCUUGUGCAGAGAGUGACCAGUACCAUUCAUCUAAUUGAUGCAAAUACUGGACAAGUAUGUGAUUUGUCAGCUACAGUAUACUGGAGACACCCAUUCACUCCUAUCUGCAACCCUAAGCAACUAGUGGAAUAUAUUGUUAUGGAUAUUGACAUUUUAAAAGAGCAUGAAAAGAAAUCAUUCCCUGGCCAAGGCAUAGUGUCGAACAAGCAUGUUGUAGCAGAUGUUUGGGUUGUGAAAGCAAGUGAAUUGGGCUUGGAUGUCAACCCUGUACACACAAGAACUCAUCUGGGCCAUAUAUUAAAACCAGGCGAUACUGUUUUGGGAUACAACUUGGGCGAUUCAAACGUGAACGACUCCAACCUGGACAAGCUGGAUCAGAGCAACAUACCAGAUGUGUUCCUAGUGAAGAAACACUACGGCGAGCGAGCGGCGAGGAGGCGCGCACGUGCCUGGAAACUCAAACAUAUGGCUGAGGAGUUGCACGACGGCGUCAGUUCCACCAAUGAGGAUUACAACGAUUUCCUUGACGACUUGGAGGAGGAUCCGGCGUUCAGACAGAACAUCAACAUCUUCAAGGACGAGAAUAAGAUUCCUGUGGAUACGGACGAGAUCGACCCGUCCCUGCCUCGCAUUACCCUCGCUGAGAUGUUGGACGACUUGGUCAUUGAGGAUGUCGAUAUGACGGAUGUUUGAUUUUUUCUUUUGUAUUAUUUGAUACAAAAUAUUAAGUAUAAUAUAACUUGUA